UAUAUGCAUGCAGCGUGAUAACGGCAUUCUGAACUUUGUACGUUACGUUACGUUAUGUUUAAUCGCGUAUUUUACGGUAAUAGCGAAAAAAGGAUUUUCUACUGAAAAAGAUUGUACUCGCAUAAGUUUUAAUAUAAUUACUUGCCGUUUCAUUAAUUUUUUUUUAAACAUACGUUUGAUUUAAAAUCAUGAAAGAACAAGAAACCUUAAAAGGAUGGUACAUUAUAUGGUGGCUAUUUAAAUUAAUUGGAUUCCCAAUUACUAUACCAUGGUUACUUUAUCAUUUAUUUGACAUUAUACAGCAAAGAAAACAAAAGGCUAUGUUGAAUAAUAAGGUUGUAAUGAUAACAGGUGCUAGUUCUGGAUUAGGUGAAGCAUUAGCUCAUGUAUUCUACAGUUGUGGUUGUAGACUUAUUUUAAUUGCAAGGAGGGGAGCUGAGUUGGAAAGAGUAAAAAAUACAUUAUUGGAGAAACAUUGCACAGUUCCUACUCAUCCACCUGUAAUUCUAUCUUUGGAUUUAACUGAUAUCAAUUCUUUACAAUCCAAAGUGUCAAAAGUUUUAAAAAUACAUGGGAAAAUUGACAUUUUGAUAAAUAAUGCCGGUAUUUCAUAUCGAGGUGAAGUUAUUAAUACAAAUGUAGAUGUGGACAUUAAAGUGAUGCUUAUUAAUUAUUUUGCACAAAUAGCUUUAACUAAAGCUGUUCUUCCAACAAUGUUACAACAGCAAAAUGGGCAUAUAGUGUGUAUUAGCAGUGUUCAGGGUAAAAUUUCUAUACCACAUAGGUCUUCAUAUGCAGCAUCUAAGUACGCAUUACAAGCUUGGUGUGACUCCUCUAGAGCAGAAUUAGCUGAACACAAUAUAAAGGUUACAGUAAUUAGUCCUGGAUAUAUAAAGACUGCUUUGUCAUUAAAUGCUUUAACAGGAACUGGGGAAACGUAUGGAGUAAUGGAUCAAACUACCGAGCAAGGUUAUUCUCCUAAAUAUGUUGCCAAAAAAGUUUUGGAAGCUGUAUUGAAGAAAGAAAAGGAUGUAAUUAUUGCUACGAUUAUCCCGAAAUGUGGUAUACUUUUACGUUUUUUAUGUCCUUCUCUUUACUUUUGGCUCAUGGAAAAACGUGCUAAAAAAUUUACAAAGGAAAAAUAAUUUUCCAAUAAAUAAAAUCAGUGUAAAUAUCACUUCGUUUGAAAAUAUGGUGUAAUGUUUAUUUUGCCAUUUAUUAUAUUUUAUACGUUUUAUUAUUUUAUACGUUUAUUAUACAAACAUUUGUUAUUAUCUAUUACGUUUUUGUACUGAUGAUUAAACGAUUAUUAUUCAGUUUAUUAUUAUUGCAUAGGUAAUAAUGAUAAUAUUAUCAUUAAUAUUUUGUACAAGUGCAAAGCGCUAAAUGAACUUGUCCGAUAGAUUUAUUUAAAAUUGUUUUAUUUCUUUUAUAUAUAUAUAUAUAUAUUUUUUUUUUAUCACAAAAAUAUUUUAGAUAAGUGCUUAUAUAUACACUGCAACUAACAUUAUAUUUAAUUACAUUUUAAAUGUUUUUGUAAGUGUGAGAAUUGAGUUACAAACUGAUUUAUAAAAUAAAUGCAUCUAUAUUUUGUCAUAUUAGUAAAAAUCAUAUAAGACAUAGAUAUUCAAAUGUUAUCUCUUCAAGAGUAUUAUUGAUUUAAAAAAGUUUAAUAUUUUUGUUUUAAUAUCACUAUUAUACUGAAACGAAUUUAUGAGUAAAAGUUUGCAUAUAUAUAAAAUUGUAAAUUAUGAUAGAGUAUGUCUUCAUAUAUUUGCUUUCUUGUAAAAAGAGUUUCAAGGCAGUUGCAUUAUUUAAAUCUUUUAUACAAUCAAAAUAAAAGUUCAUGUAUUCCAUAGGUUUAUGUUAUGAAAAGUUUUUUUGAGUAUUAUUAUUACAAUAAGAAAUAUAUCAUAUAUGUAUAAAUAUACAGAAUCGUCAUGGAAUAGUGCAUUAAUGAUUAAACCUUAGUAAUUAUAAUCAAUUGAAUAUCAUGAAUAUUAUAAAUAUUCUAAAAUAUACAAAUUUAAAUAUAAUUGUAUGUGUGUGUCUACACAUACAUCUAAUCUUUCAAAUAGAUUCAUGUGACUUUAUUAAAUUCAUCAUGAAGGAAAUGUUCUAUACAUUAAAAAUUCAUAUUUCAUUGGCAUUUUUUUUUAUUUUCACUAAUAGCUUUAACGCUGCAUGUAUACAAAUAUCAUAUAUGAGAAAAAUAAAGUCACUUAGCUGUAUUUAAAAUAUUAACCUCUUAUAUAAUUGUUCCUUUUAUAAAAUUAUAAUUUAUAAAAUUAAGAUUAUUGGUAAUAUUACAAUUUAUCGUCUUGCGAAUGAGGAAAAAAUUUCUAAAAAUUUGUAUACAUACAUGUAUGGCAUGAACCAUAUAACACGUGUGAUCGAUCGAAAAUUUAUUAUUUUACAAUUAUUUAUAUUAUUACUGUAUAUCUAAAUCUUUUGUUUUUCUUGUAUAAUUUAUUAAAGGAAAUUGAUUAUAGCGCA